AUGGAUGCCACAGAGCUUCUCAGAUCCUGCAAGACGCUGCCAGCGCUGCGCGAAGCCAAUGCUCGAAUCCAGCACCUCCUCCCCAAUUCCGCUCUGCUCGCGUCUUCUCUCAUCCGGGCGUAUGGAAGACUUGGCAGCAUCCGCGACUCCCGCCGUGUUCUUGACGAGCUCGCGAAUCCCCAUCCCUUUUGCUGGAUGGCGCUCCUCUCGGCCUACGCAUCCAACGGGCUCCUCGACGAGGCCGAGGAUCUCUUCCACCGGAUGCCGGAGAUCUGGGACGUCGUCGCCUGCUCGGAGAUGCUGCUCGCCGUCGCGCGCUCGCCGCAUGGCAGGCGAUCGCCGCAACGCGCCCGGGCGAUCUUCGACGCCAUGCCCGCGCGCGAUUCCAUCGCCUGGACCGCCAUGGUCGCGGCCUACACCAGCGCCGGAGAGCUCGCACGCGCCCACAGCCUCUUCCUCGCCAUGCCCGAGCACGACAUGGUCGCGGCCACCAUCCUCCUCGACGCGCACGCCAAGAUCGGCGACGCCGCGGCCGCGCGUGCCCUCUUCUCUGCCAUGCGCUUCACGGACCAGAUCUCUUGCACCGCAAUGCUCACCGCACUGGGCGAGGCCGGGCAUCUGGAAGAUGCGGAGAGGAUCUUCGCCGGCAUGCCCGAGAGGGGCAUUGUCUCCUCCACCGCGAUGCUGGUGGCGCACGCCCAGGCCGGGCACCUGGAAGAUGCCAAGCGGAUAUUCGACGCCAUGCCCGCCGUGAAUGUGGUCGCUUCUAACGCCAUGCUCUACGCAUAUGCCGAGGCCGGGAAUCUCCGGAUCGCGCGGCGGAUGUUUGACGAGAUGGACGAGCGCGAUCUCGUGUCGUGGAACGCAAUGCUGUCGGCAUAUGCCCAGGCGGGGGACCUCCACGAAGCUUCGCGGCUGCUUGACCGGAUGAAGGAGUGGAACACGGUGUCGCUGACCGUGCUGGUGGCGGCGCACGGUCGGGCCGGGAAUCUAGGCGAAUCCAAGCGGAUCUUUGACCAGAUACAAGACCACAACGUCGUGGCGCGCAAUGCGAUGCUGGGGGCAUUUGCGCAGGCCGGCCACGUCGGCGAGGCCCAGUCGUUGUUUGACUCCAUGCUGGAGAGGAACGUGGUGACUUGUAACGCGAUGCUAGCGGCAAAUGCCCAAAACGGCCAUCUGGAAGAAGCUAGAUUUUUGUUUGAUACCAUGCAGGAGUGGAAUUUAGUAUCAUGGAACACAAUGUUGGAUGGCUAUGCCAGAUUAGGAUUUUUAGAUUACGCGUUAGAACUCUUUUCGAGGAUGAAGUUUCGCGAUCUAGUGACAUGGAACACGAUGAUCACAGCAAAUGCCCAGAAUGGGUAUCUAGGCAAAGCUAAAUCUUUAUUCUACCAAGCACAAUCACGAGAUAUUGUUUCAUGGACAGCAAUCGUCUCGGCACACGCCCAACACGGAGAAAUCACUCAAGCAUCGCGCUUUUACUUGUCAAUGCCAGAGAGGGACCUUGCAGCCUGGAACGCAAUGCUCGCAGCAUUUGCCCAGAACGGGCAUUCCCGGACGGCUUGCGAGCUCUUCCCGGGGAUGAAAAUGGUGGAGCGUCCAGACGACGUAUCCUUCCUCUUGGUCCUCCACGCCACCGGACACCUGGGCGAGGUCUCUCGAGGCUUGAGCUUGCUGGCUUCCAUGAGCUCCGACUAUGGAUUGACGCCCCGGAAGCUCCACUACUCUUGCAUGGUCGAUCUUCUCGCUCGCUCGGGAUACUUGAGUGACGCCCAAGCUCUCAUCGAUUCCAUGCCUUAUGUCGAGGACGCCAUGGAGUGGACUUGCCUCUUGGCCGCUUGCAAGGGCCACAAGGACGUCCACUUUGGCGCUCUCGCUGCAAAGAGAGUUCUCUCGUUAAAACCAAGUAAUCCUGGAGCGUACGUAAUGCUUGCCAAUGUGUAUCGCAAAUCCUGA